AGUUAGCGGAGGCCUGGAAAACAAAACGGCUGCCGACUGCAUAGAAGGUCGCUCAAGUGUAAAGUAUGUGACUUGUUACAGCGGCUUUAAAAGCACCGGAGGCCCCGAAGCCGCGGCUCGGACGCUGCGGACACUUGUUAGAGAGAGAGCUGCGCUUCCUCCAUCAACGCAUCGCCGCAAUUCACCAGGAAGCAGCAGGUACGACUGCAGGGCUCCACAUCGAAGCCUGGACCCAACGACGACGCCUGAGCGACAUUUAUGAAGCUUUCACGACCUUUUGAUUGAUCAGCCAAUCGAUGGGGAUUUUCAGAGGAGCUCCGCCGACCUUCGCCGCCUGCCCACCUCCCCCCUCCCCCUGCACCCCCGCCCACCGCGUCAUCCAGCCCUCCAUCCAACCCUCCGUACACAAAAUGACUCUGGAACUCACCGAAUGGUCUUCUAUAUGGAUUUUUACUGCUUGUAAUAGACAGUAAACAGGCAAAGAGGUGGAAAACCUCGAUGACAAAAAAGCCAUAAGCGCGCACGCACGCACACACACACACACACACUCACACACGCACAUGCUCACACGCAGCACACUCAAGCACAGACACCCACGGAUACACCGACCUACUAACAUACCAAAUAAAGCUGUUGGUGAGUUUUCCAGACAGGAUCUCGCUCACCUGACAAACGUGCACAAACUCACUCUUGGAAUGUACAACACGCACUUCCUGUGAAAAAUUCAACUGCUUCCUUUUUUAUUUUGGGGAUUUUCUGCAAGUGUUCGGAAAAGCUGAUUUAGUUUUCCUCCUCUGAAAGCAAGCAGGCGCGAGAAGGAGGUCAAGGUGAUCAAGGAGACCAGGUUGUUCAUAGGACAACUAAGUGCUGAGUUUAGCAGAUCUAGAAAAUCAGAUCUCACCUUAUUGAUAGAUAGCGGGACCCAGAUUUAGAUUUAGAAUCUUAUUACCUCACACAUUGGGACACUAUCUGUUGUCAGAUAUUGUUCAAGUGUAUUAGCACUCCAUCACUUCUUAAACACCUUUAACAGGUGGUUAUUUAAAGCAGUAAUAGAUGCAACUACUAUAUAACCAGAUACAACAUUUGUAGCUUGUAAUUAAAUUGCUUCUAAGAAGACACUACUACUUUGAAAGUAAAUACAAAUAAGCAAGCGGCACACGCUGUGCAGGGAAGUCGUACUGUUUCCUUUCUUUUGUAGCUACAGCUGAUUGUUCUCCGAUUCAUCAGUGUGCUAGUAAAGGUGCGCCUGCGUUCACUCUGCGUGCAUGCCCUCCACCAUGCCUCCCCAGAACACGGAGGCUGACACUAUGCAGGUUGAAUCUCUGGCAAGCGGUGCUAACGGCAAGAACUCCAAAGCAUCAGGCUCUGAUGAGGAGAAGGGCGCGACAGCGGCAGCGGGGGGAGAGACGGAUGGAUUGGGAGGCCGAGGAGGGGAGGAGUCUGCGAGCGAAGGGUCGAUAGAAGGCAUUCCUCUCAAGAGAUGGGUGAUGCACGGGGCCGUGAUGUUCGGCCGAGAGUUCUGCUACGCCAUGGAAACGGCGCUGGUGACACCCGUGUUGCUGCAGAUAGGUCUUCCAGAGCAGUACUACAGUCUGACAUGGUUACUCAGUCCCGUUCUCGGCCUCAUGUUCACUCCUCUGAUCGGCUCGGCCAGCGACCGCUGCACCCUGCGAUGGGGCAGGAGGAGACCGUUCAUCCUGGCUCUGUGCAUUGGAACACUGUUGGGGGUGGCUCUGUUUUUGAAUGGCUCUCUGAUAGGUUUGUCGCUAGGUGACGAGAAGGGGAGACAGCCAGUAGGAGUAGUUCUCACGGUGCUGGGAGUGGUGGUGUUGGACUUCUGCGCCGACGCCACAGAGGGGCCGAUCCGAGCGUACCUGCUGGAUGUGGCCGAUGCAGAGGAGCAGGACAUGGCCCUCAACAUCCACGCUGCCUCAGCGGGCCUUGGCGGGGCGCUCGGCUACGCCCUCGGGGGAUUGGACUGGACGCACACCUUCCUCGGCACGGUCUUCAAGUCUCAGGAGCAGAUCCUGUUCUUCUUUGCCGCCGCCCUCUUCUCUGUCUCUGUAGUGUUACAUCUGUUGAGCAUCGAGGAGCAGCAGUACUCACCCCAAAACGACAGGCUGGACCAGGAGAGUCCAGAUCCCACUAACACACAGCAGUCCGCCAAUGGCAGGACUGGACUUCUCGCCCCUAAGCUGGAGAUGAUUGGAGAAAAUGAAACUAUGGACAGCUACGACCUCUACGACCCGUAUGGAGACGACCAAUCAGAGCGAGGAGAUAUGGACCUGGACUUCCUGGAGGUGGAGCUUGUGAGAAGUAAAAGCGACAGCGUCCUGGCCAUGGCAGAUGCCACUCUCGACCACCUGGACCACGACGCAAUGUUUCUGUGCCGCAUCGAGCCGUCCAUCUUCGCCGAUCACCUGUCGCCCAAUCGCGGCCCGACCCCAGUCACCUCUUCCUUCUGGAACCUGGACCGCAGCACUCCCCCGUCCCAGCUGGCCAACAUGAGGCGCAGCAGCAGCGCAGCGAGUCAGGACCUGCUGCGGCCUCAGGGCAACUCCCACCAUGCGCACGGCCCCAUCCCCAGGAUUUCUCACCUCUCGGCGUUCCUACAGGAAAUGGAGAACGACGAUGGGCAGGAGGCGCUGCUGAACAACCAGCUCAAUGAGCAGCGGACGCUGAACGGCCGGCUCUUAGGCAAUAUAUCCAGCGCUGAUAGAAUGAGCACAGACAGGUUGAGCUCUAAAGGACAGACCAAUCGUGCUGGAAUGGUCAAAGCUGCCAGCACAGGAGCCCCCCAGACGCGGCAGUCGCGCCACCGCCACACCUUCUACCGCCAGCCGUCCUGCACCUUCUCCUACUACGGCCGCGUGGGGAGCCACCGCUACCGCUACCGCCGGGCCAACGCCGCCUUCCUCAUCAAGCCCUCCCGCAGCAUGAACGACCUGUACGAGGUGGAGGCCCGGCACCGGAGGAGGAACCGGCAGAGGAACCGGCACCGCAGCGCGAACACCAACUCGUCCAGCGGAGACACCGAGAGCGAAGAGGGCGAGGUCGAGACCACCGUGCGGCUGCUGUGGCUCUCAAUGCUAAAGAUGCCUCCGGAGCUGCUGCGGCUGUGCGCCUGCCACCUGCUCACCUGGUUCUCCAUCAUCGCUGAAGCAGUGUUCUUCACCGAUUUCAUGGGCCAAGUCAUCUACCAUGGAGAUCCCACUGCUCCUGCUAAUUCGACUUUAUUGGAUAACUAUCACAAGGGAGUUCAGAUGGGAUGCUGGGGACUGGGUAUUUAUGCCAUGACUGCUGCUACAUGCUCAGCUAUUCUUCAGAAGUACCUUGACAACUUUGACUUGAGCAUUAAAGUCAUCUACAUCCUGGGGACACUUGGAUUCUCUAUAGGAACCGCUAUCAUGGCAAUCUUCCCUAACGUCUAUGUUGCCAUGGUGAUGAUAAGCAGCAUGGGCAUCAUCUCCAUGAGUAUCUCCUACUGUCCCUAUGCGUUGUUGGGACAGUAUCACGAAAUGAAACAGUACAUCCAGCACAGCCCUGGAAACUCUCGGAGAGGCUUUGGCAUCGACUGUGCUAUUUUAUCCUGUCAGGUAUACAUCAGUCAGAUCCUGGUGGCCUCCGCUCUAGGGUCAGUGGUGGAAGCUGUUGGCAGUGUCCGUGUCAUUCCCGUGGUGGCCUCUGGAGGCUCCCUCCUCGGGUUCUUCACAGCCUGCUUCCUGGUCAUUUACCCCACUCCCAACAACGGGGACGGGGAGUCGACCAAAGCGUCUGAGAAACAGGCCUUGACAACGUUGGAGAAUCCCAACAACAAAGUAGCUGUUACCGUGGUGACGGAGAAACCCAGCUUCCUGAAACUCGACAAGGAGGGCAAGGCCACCUCCACCACCACCGCUUCCUACCACACAGAGAAUGAGUCGGCUCUGUGAUCAGACGGCCAGACUCGCUUUACAGACACUGUAACGCCUUUAUCAUCAGUGCAUUUGGAAAGAACUUAAGAAUGUGCCACCGUCCACACGAUGCUGGAGUUUACAGACGGAGAAGAGAUUGUUACGUCGACUAGACCAGUUUUAAUUAAUGCGUCUUGAUUGGCUGCAGAAAAUGACCCAAUCUGAUGUCGGACGAGUUGUUUUACCAUUUGACCCCCAUAAAAAUCAUUCAGGUCUGUGAUGUUUCGAACCGUCACUAAAAUUCCUUCCACUGAACCUUCACGGACGUUUGACUGAUCCGUCAGGGUCGUCCAGUAGUUGUAAGUCACAGACUGGGGCUGUCAGAGGAGGUUGUCUAUGUCUCUCAGGGUCUACUGAGCAGCUGCCUGGACACAUGCACAGACACACACACACACACACACACACACACACACACACGCACCAACUUCAUCUGAAUUGAAUGAACACCUGAAUAACGAACACUGUUGAAGAACUUGAGCCUUUUGAAGCUGCAAUCGUUGAAAAUGCUGAAACUCACUCUUCCUCGCUGUGGAAUUGACGUGGAUGCUGACCGUCGAGAGUGUGUGUGAGCUGUGGACUCGGCGUUUCCAGCAGAUGUUCAGCGUUCACCAAAAUGAACGACACACUGGGCUUUGUGGAACUUUUACAUCACUCUGCGAUAGUAGCUUUAAGACUCUACAGACUUUUGUAUGUGGAAUUUCUGAAACUCAAGCCUGAAGUCUGAUUCCUGGGAGAAAUUAUUGAUCAGCUCCCAAAUUAAUUGAAAGUGUUUACGAUUUCCCUCCGCAUGGCAGAAGUACUAAAAUAUUCAUAUUAGCUUUCAUUUUAGAGCCUCUGCUCUAAAGCAUGCGUGAGAACAUGAAGUUGCCUGCAAAGAUUGAAAAACAAAUGCAGCCGUCUACUGAGUGAAGUUCUAUGAGUGAAAUAGCAUUUCUAAGCUUAACUGCAGGAUACAAGGUCGUUUACAGGGCAUUACGAUCCCAAAUAUUGUUCAAUCAGAAAAAAAUAUUAAGAAACCUUUUUUUUUUCUUUUUUUUUUUUUAAUGAUUGCGAUGCUUCUGUAAUAAUCUGACUAAACUACAUGCUGCAUGUGACAGGAGCAGAGAAGAGGCAAACCAAAA